AUGUCUCAGAAUAUACUCCCACAGAAAAAUCUUCAGUCUCCAUCUAAGCCAGAAGUCGUUGGUGAUGCAUAUGAAAAUAAUUUUCUAGACUCAGAAUCUAUCUGGCAUGAUCCCACGUUGCGAGGUGUCAUCAUAAAUACUUCAAGCGUGUCUGCUUUUGAUGGCCAAAUCAGUCAGACUGCGUAUGCAGCCAGUAAAGGAGCGGUGGCAUCUAUGACCCUUCCUUUGGCACGAGAGUUUGCUGAAUUCGGCAUCAGAGUUGUUGCUAUUGCACCAGGUAUGUGA